UUUCUCCACGAUUGUUCCUCAAGAAAUUGCCAUAUCUCCACGAUAUACAGUCCACCUCUCCAUCGGCCCGUUUGGAAUAAAUCGCGAGAAAAACAAGCAAGAUGCAUACAGUCGGGCAGUGCUGUCGAUCGUCUGCUAGCCUACGUAAAGUCACUUUAGUGUGUAGACGCACUUACCGCCGGGAUGAAUUUGCGUGUAAGUCUAUGCACAAGUAUGUGAUGCACAUCAACAUAUUACGAAGGUUACGGCUGGGAAUUCUGGGUUAACCUUGCGAGCCAAUCCCGGAUGUGAAUCUGCGCUGAAUAAUCUCUGCAAAGGUCUCCGACAGGACGUCAUAUUUUCGCUAAUUUUCUAUCUAUUUCGACGUCUGGUGUACCUGAAAAGGCAACGAAGUGAAAAUCCUGGUUGAUAUACACCCUGAUUAUUGUAAAUUCGACAGUGCCGUUAUAUCAUGAAAUAUUUUUUCGCUUGGGAAAAUUGAUAUUCUGACGUGUUUACAUCGGAAGGACUCCCUUUCCCUCUCUGAUAGAAUGGUAAAGGUCCUCUAUGACUUCAGUUCGAAGUACUGGUAACAGUAAUGUUUCCACACAUCGGUCGCUGAGAAGAAGGCAACAAAGUCCACAAUGGCUGGAACCAUCAAGAAAUUAGAUGAGACGGUAGUCAACAGAAUAGCUGCUGGGGAAGUCAUUCAAAGACCGGCAAAUGCUCUCAAAGAAAUGAUAGAAAACAGCUUGGAUGCCAAGUCAACUUCCAUUCAAGUUACAGUCAAAUCAGGAGGAAUGAAACUACUUCAGAUACAAGACAAUGGGACUGGUAUAAGGAAAGAUGACAUGGACAUUGUGUGUGAAAGGUUUACAACAAGCAAGUUGAGAGAGUUCAAUGACCUUACUAGCAUCAGUACAUAUGGCUUCAGAGGAGAGGCAUUGGCUAGUAUCAGUCACGUUGCUCAUGUUACCAUAGUAACAAGAACAGAGGAUUCUAAAUGUGCUUACAAGGGAAGCUUCUGUGAUGGUAAGCUAAAGGCAGCAGUCAAGCCGUGUGCCGGUAACAGAGGAACACAAAUUACAGUGGAAGAUCUCUUCUACAACGUCGCUACGAGAAGGAAAGCACUGAAGAGUGCAAGCGAGGAGCACAACAAGAUCUCAGAAGUCGUCUCCAGAUAUGCUAUUCAUAAUGCUGGUGUGGCCUUCACUCUUAAAAAGUCCGGGGAGAGCACGGCUGACGUGCGGACAUCCCAGAAUGCAUCUACAGUCGAUAACAUUCGAAGUGUCUUUGGUCCUUCGGUCGCGAGGGAACUUCUAGAAAUCAACCACAAGAAUAGCAAUUUGGCGUUCACUUUGACGGGUCAGAUCUCCAAUGCGAACUACUCGGUCAAGAGGCUCAUCUUUCUGUUGUUUAUCAAUCAUCGUUUAGUUGAUUCCAGUAGUCUUCGGAAGGCCAUAGAAGCAGUGUACAGUACGUACCUUCCCAAGAACACGCAUCCCUUCAUCUACUUCAGCCUUGAGAUUGCCCCGCAGAAUGUCGAUGUCAACGUCCAUCCCACCAAACACGAAGUCCACUUCCUCCACGAAGAGGCUAUCAUCGAGGACAUUCAGAAAUGCCUGGAACAGAAACUCUUGGGAUGUAAUUCAUCAAGGACCUACUUCACCCAGGCAUUGCUACCCGGAUCAAACCUCUCCAUUGCUGAUGAUGGAGAUAAGUCCAAGGACUCUUCAAAAGGUCCCAAAUCGAGCUCUUCAGACCAGGUCUACGCCCAUCACAUGGUCCGGACGGACUCCAAGGACCAGAAAUUAGAUGCCUUCCUCCAGGCAGCUCCUUCCACCAAGUCAUCAUCAUCCUCAUCUGAAAAUCAUCCUGAUAAAGGUGUUGGUGAUAGGAGCGUGGUCACUGAUAGUGGUGCUGAUGGCAAUGAGGGAGUUCAGCGACCAGUGGUGGAAAUCCCGUCUCCUGCUCUGCCUCAAAGAAGGAACGAUGGUGAUGGGCCAACGUUGCCUAGGAAAAGGCCACAUUCAGAAGUGGUUAGUGAUGUUGAAGGUCCCCCAUCCAGGCCAGGACCCAGUGACAAGGACCAGGAACGGGAGUCUAGACAGUCCAAGCCUAAACGGAAAGAGAUCCAGCUCACCAGUGUCCUUGAGAUUCAGAAGGAGAUAGAAGCUAACACACAUGAUGAUUUACGAGAUCUCGUGAAGCAGCAUACAUUUGUUGGAAUAGUAGAUGCAGAGUAUGCGUUGAUACAGCACAAAACCAAACUAUACCUGGUUAAUACUGUUAAACUCAGCCAAGAACUUUUCUACCAAUUAAUGUUAUAUGACUUCGGCAACUUUGGACUUAUGAGAUUAUCAAAUCCUGCACCAAUCUUUGAGUUAGCGAUGAUUGCCUUAGACACCGAGGACAGUGGAUGGAGCGAGAGCGAUGGCCCCAAGGAUCAGCUAGCCCAGUACAUAGUAGACUUCCUCAAGACCAAAGCGGAGAUGCUCAAUGACUAUUUCAGUGUUGAGAUUGAUGAGGAAGGGAAUCUAUGUGGCAUUCCUCUUGUGUUGGACAAGUACAUCCCAGACAUGGAAGGUCUCCCUAUGUUUAUCUUGAGACUAGCCACAGAGGUGGACUGGGACUCGGAAAAGGAAUGUUUUCAGACGUUCGCCAAGGAGUGCAGUCUAUUCUACAGAAUACAGAAGAACUCGAAGCUGGCAGAUACCAAAGGGGAAAAUGGCUCAAGCUCAGAUGCUGAUAUGCCUUCUUACAACUGGAGAUGGACCAUUGAGUUUGUCAUCUAUCCCGCCCUCAAGUCUACCCUGCUACCACCCAAGAGAUUUGCAGGAGAUGCUAGCAUCCUCCAGGUGGCUAAUCUUCCGGACCUUUAUAAAGUAUUUGAGAGAUGUUAACAGGAACUUUGAGGACUUAACAUCAGUCUAGCCUGAUUCCUCUUUAUAUGAGGUUUUCAGUGGAUGCUAUUAUCCUCCCGAUGGUCAAUAUACUGGACUUUUACAAAUACCUGCGAGAUGUUAACAAGAACUUUGAUGAUGUAACUAACUUUAUUUUAGCCUGAUUCCUCUUACCAGGUUUGCUUGAGGAGCUAGUGCCCUCCACAUAGCCAAUCUAUUGGACCUCUACAAAGUCUUUGGAAAAUGUUAUUCAAAACUUUGGCAGUGUAACUUCAGUAUGCCAUCUUCUUAUUCUUCCGGGUGUAGUACAGACCUCUGGGUAGAGUAUUUUCAUACUUUGUGCAGUGCUGAAAAACUAUUGUGCCAUGCUGCAUUGCCAAACCUCAGUAAUAUGCUUAUGAGGUUAAAGGUGUAUGUACAUAUUAGGUAAAAGUGCUCCUUGUGCAAGUAAAAACUAACUCCUUUUCCAUCUAAGCCUGGUGCAGCGUAAUCCCGUCCAGUUGCCUCUUAAACUGUUCCAGAGAAGAAGCAGGUGUUACACUGUCAGGGAGCUGGUUCCAAUGGCGUACAACACUAGGAAAGAAGGAGUUCUGAAACCCAGAGGUCCUACACAAUGAUCUCCUAAAGACCUGCAGGAGAUGCUCGUAUCCUCCCACCAGCCAAUCUACCAGACCUUUUUAAGUCUUUGAAAGAUGUUAGCAGGAUCUUCUGAUUAUGUUUGAUUUACCCUGACUAUUUGCAAGAGAUUUGCAGCAGAUGAUAGCAUCAUCCUGGUAGCCAUAGCCAUCUAUCAGACAUUUACAAAGUCUUUGAGAGAUGUUAACAAGAACUUUAAAGAUGUAACUUCAGUCUAGCCUGGUUCCUCUUACCAGGUUGCGGGAGAUACUAUUACCAUCUAGAUAGCCACUCUUUUAGACAUUUUUCAAAGUCUUUGAAUAUGAUAUGUUAAUAAUAACUUCUGAUGUAUGUUCUGUCAACCUUGCUACCACCCAAGAGAUUUGCAGGAGAUGCUAGCAUCCUGCAGGUGGCUCAUCUACUAGACCUGUACAAAGUCUUUGAUCUACCCGGACUUUUCACAGCAAGAGAUUUGCAGGAGAUGCUAUUAUCUUUGGAUCUAUGAUACCUUUACAAAGUCCUUAAAAAAGAUGCUGACAAGAACUUCUUGGCCCCAUAUUACAAAGAGUUUCAAUCGAUCCAAUCAACUUUAUAGAAAUCCAUCAGUGUCAUGUGUUUCUUCUACAGGAAAUUUAUAAAAUGAUGAUGAUGAUCUACAGCAUUCAUAUUGCGCCAUGUAUCUGUUAAAAACAUUCAUAGGCACAGGCUCAUCCAAUAAGUUAAUCACUACACAUCUGCCGAAAUAAGUGAGUUUUGAGAGAUGGUUGAAAGAGAUCUAUACUGUCAGUUUCACAAAAAGAAGAAGCGAGGGAGUUCCAAAGACGUGGAGCAAUAGAAGAAAAGGCACGGUCUCCAAAUCCUGUUAGGUGUGUGAUGGGUACAUGUAGAGUGAUACCAGUACCAGAUGAGCGCAAGCCAGGAUGUACACAAUCAAAAUGUCCUUUGUAAACAAAGGAAACUUAACCAAAUUGUCAAGAAAUCA